CAAGAGAGGAAUAGAGAGAUGAUGACGAGGAGGAGUUUGAUUAACAUCUUCAGUCGAAGUUACAGUGCAGUUGUUCGAGAUUCAGCGGAGCUAACAAAAGUUAUAAAAUCCGAACUCAAACACGAAAAAAAUACACUUCCGUAUUAUCUGAUCAAAAAUGAACUUGGAUCAGUGGGGAAUUUUACAUUAGAAUGGGAUAAAUCGGAAUCCAAAGAUGUGGUUCUAAGGAGGAAAAAUGAAUUUGGUGAAGAGAUUGAUGUUUCAUCUAGGGGUGCACAUACCCUACCCAUACCCGCCAAUCCUACCCUAUCCGCCAAUGUUUUAACCGUAAGGAAUUAUGGAAGCAUCUUAGAUGGAUCUGAAAUGGGCACUGUAAAGAAGCAGCAGAAGAUGUCAGAUCAGGUGGUAGAUAAGGCAUUGUUGACUGGAAUGCAAAGGGCCUCGGGUGUUGAGUCUUUAUUGGGUCCUCCUAUUGCUGAAGAAGAAGAAGAAAUACACAAAAAGGGUUUAUUUCCUAACACAGGGCUAAUGAAAGUUUGCAUAAAAAAGCCUGGGUUGAGUUCCAUUUUGCAGUUUGAUUGUGGUUGUAUUGGUAAAUGUGAAGGUGGUUCUGAAUUUUCUAUCCAGAAUGCUUACUAUCUUCCAUCUUCCAGCUCUUUGGGAGGUUCAGUUUAUAGAGGCCCCUUGUUCAGCACUCUGGAUCCUGGGUUACAGGAUGCACUGAAGGGUUAUUUGAGGGCUAGAGGAAUUGUAGAAGACUUCACUGAUUUCCUCCUGCACCACUUGCAUAAAAGAGAAUACGUUCAAUACAUGGAAUGGCUACAAAAACUAGACUCUUCUGUAAGAGCUUGAGGUUUUGCGUUGGUGGUGAUUGUCAGUCUCUAACUUCAAAAGGAAGCAAGCAGCCAAUAUGCGUUAUCUUUCUCUUGUUUAUCACAUCAUCUCUUUUUCUUUUUC